CGUGGACAUUGAGAUUUAGGAUGGCGGCCGAGACCGAUGUUUUGUCUCCGCUGUGCGCGGAGCAGUUCGGCUCCGGAGCCCCCCGGGGCUGCCACGCCACCGCCGACGGGAGCCUGCAGUGGGAGGCUGGCGAGUGGCGCUGGUGGAGGCUCUCCCGGCUCUUCACCGCGAAGCCCGAAGGACCAGAUGGGGGUGGAAGGGGGUCUCCCCGGGCCGCUCUGCCGCCUCUCUCGGGUCUUCAGGCCGUGUUCUUGCCUCAGGGCUUCCCUGAUAGCGUCAGCCCGGAUUACCUGCCCUACCAGCUGUGGGAUUCCGUGCAGGCCUUUGCUUCCAGCCUCUCCGGCUCCCUGGCCACCCACGCGGUCUUGCUGGGCUUAGGGGUGGGGAACUCAAAAGCCUCUGUUUCAGCUGCCACGGCCACCUGGCUCGUGAAAGAUUCAACUGGCAUGCUGGGCCGAAUCAUCUUUGCCUGGUGGAAAGGGAGCAAACUGGACUGUAAUGCAAAGCAAUGGAGGCUCUUUGCCGACAUCCUUAAUGAUACAGCCAUGUUCCUUGAGAUUAUGGCUCCCAUAUAUGCAGUCAGCUUCACCAUGAUUGUCAGUGCCAGCAACCUCGCAAAGUGCAUUGUGAGUGUAGCUGGUGGAGCCACUCGGGCUGCACUGACUGUACACCAGGCUCGGAGAAACAACAUGGCUGAUGUGUCUGCCAAGGACAGUAGCCAGGAGACUCUGGUGAACCUAGCAGGGCUCCUAGUCAGCCUUUUGAUGCUUCCUCUGAUACCAGGUUGGCCAAGCUUCAGCCUUGGAUGUUUCUUCCUCCUCACUGCCCUCCACAUCUAUGCCAACUAUCGGGCAGUCCGGGCUCUCAUCCUGGAGACCUUGAAUGAAAGCCGGCUCCAUCUAGUCCUAAAGCACUUUCUUCAGAAGGGAGAAAUCCUUGAGCCUGCCUCAGCCAAUAAGAUGGAGCCACUGUGGACAGGUUACUGGCCAUCUUUCUCUCUGUCCCUGGGUGUCCCCUUACAUUGCUUGGUCUCCAGUGUCCCUGAGCUGCAGCGACUGGUUGAGGGGCACAAAGAACCCUACCUCCUAUGCUGGAACCAGUCACGAAACCAGGUACAAGUGGUUCUGGGCCAGACAGCGGGCCCUGAAACUAUCUUAAGGGCUGCCACACAUGGGUUGGUACUUGGAGCCCUUAAGGAAGAGGGCCCCCUUCCAAGAGAGCUGGCAGAGCUGAGAAACCAGAUUCAGGCUGGUCCUGAGAAAGAGAGCUGGGUCAUUGUCAGGGAGACACACCAAGUGUUGGACACACUUUUCCCGAAGUUCUUGAAAGGACUGCAGGCUGCUGGCUGGAAGACUGAAAAACAUCACCUAGAGGUGGAUGAGUGGAGGGCCAUGUGGCCUCUGUCUCCAGAAAAGAAGGUUGUGUGAGCAGCCCAGGACCCAGGACGCAGGACAAGAUCCUGGAGCAAGGACACUUAGGCGUGUGGGGAAAACUUUUAUUUGGCCACCACCUUAUUGGAAGUGACUACCAGUCAGAUAGACUAGACCUCAGACAGAUAAAAGGGAGCUAUUGCCUUUCUGCCUCAUUUUUUUCCCCUUUUGUGGAAUCUAUUCCAUGCUUCCCACCCCCACUGUGUGUGAGGCUGAGCCAUUCUCUGGUUGCAGCUCAUAGCAUCCAGCACACUUGACCUUAUGCAUAAAAGCCCCAGAGGAACAUGGCCACAGUCAUCAUGAGCAGGGCAUUGAGGUUGACCACGCGGGCCCAGCUGGGGUCCUCACUGAUGUCUUCCACCUGCCUGGCUGCUGCGGCCACCUCCUCCUCAGUAGGGGGUGGAGGGCUUCCUGACCCACCCCUGCUCAUUCCACAGAACCAGAGCAGGCACCGGCGGAGCACACUUGGUGCUGCAGACUGAGGCUCUAGGGGAAAUGAGGCCCUACAGUUAGUUUGAAGGAAGUUGACAUCCCAGGCUCACCACAUCUUUGUGCAUGUCUUACCUUCCAUCUCCACUGCAUGCAUCUGCCCUGCAAGCUCCUGGCACCCAUUCUGCACUGGAGGAGACGUUGGCUCUCCCGGCUCGUCGGCAUCCAGGUCCUCCCGCGCCUCCUUGCUGUGCCGGAGACUGAAAACCAGGCGGUGAAGCUGGGAAGCAGAAGAGUAGGAACCAAGUGUUCUCCCCCAAGUCUGUACUGUCACACCAGCCCAGGUACUGGCCUUCCCUUACCUCCCUGUCACCUCCUGUCACGUUUGCACACCAAGCUCAGGCUCAGCUCACACAAGCUCCUCAGAUAGUUAAGUUUUAAAGGUAUUGGUCCACUCAGCUCCCAUCUCACCCCAGUUUCCUGUGUACCACCCAGAAUCGUAGUUCUUCAGGUUGGUGUUGCAUUCCCGCUCGCUCGGUGUCUGAGCUGCUGUGGAACUCUGCUGUCCUAAGUGCUGCUCCUGUCCUGCCCCUCCCCCAGUCACCCCUGCUCCAGAGCACCUGUUCUGCAGCAGCAAGGCUGCACCUUUUGUGGACUUCAAAUGUGACACUGUCCUUUUAGCCCAGGCAUACCUGUGUUGUGCCAUGCUAGGGACUGGCUUUAGGAACUUUAUAAUCACUCAUGUUCCAAAUGGUUCCCCUCUCCUCCCUAUAAACUAAAUGUUAAGUAAGUGUUGUUUAAAUAAAUGUGUUUGCUGUUGAAAUACAA